AUGCCGGUGGACACAGCGAGCAAGGCAGGCCUGGCCGGGCCUGGAGGAGCUGGGAGACCACACGGUGUCAGUGCUGGGGUCUUCAGCGGCUACUACCCCGUGAAGAUUGGCGACCUGUUCAAUGGGCGGUACCAUGUGGUGCGCAAGCUGGGCUGGGGCCACUUCUCCACCGUCUGGCUCUGCUGGGAUAUCCAGCGCAAGCGCUUCGUGGCCCUGAAAGUGGUGAAGAGCGCGGGGCAUUACACGGAGACCGCCGUGGAUGAGAUCAAGCUCCUGAAAUGUGUCCGAGACAGUGACCCCAGUGACCCCAAAAGAGAGACCAUUGUCCAGCUCAUUGAUGACUUCAGGAUCUCAGGGGUCAACGGAGUCCAUGUGUGCAUGGUGCUGGAAGUCCUGGGCCACCAGCUCCUCAAGUGGAUCAUCAAGUCCAACUACCAGGGCCUGCCCGUGCCCUGCGUCAAGAGCAUCGUGAGGCAGGUGCUGCAUGGCCUGGACUACCUCCACACCAAGUGCAAGAUCAUCCACACAGACAUCAAGCCCGAGAACAUCCUGCUGUGUGUGGGUGAUGCCUACAUCAGGCGCCUGGCCACGGAGGCCACAGAGUGGCAGCAGUCAGGGGCACCGCCCCCAUCCCGUUCCACAGUCAGCACCGCCCCACAGGAGGUCUCGACCGGUAAGCUGUCGAAAAACAAGAGGAAGAAGAUGCGGCGCAAGCGGAAGCUGCAGAAGCGGCUGCUGGAGGAGCGGCUGCGAGACCUGCAGAGGCUGGAGGCCAUGGAGGCGGUGGCCCAGACCGAGGAUGCUGGCUCGAGGCUCGAGGGGGGCAGCGGCUCCACGUCCUCGUCCGGGUGCCACCCCGGGGGCGGGGCCGGAGCCGGCCCCUCCUCCGCCUCCUCCUCCCCAGCCGCCGGGGGCGAGCGCAGCCUCAGCCCGGGCUCCCAGACCUCCGGCUUCUCGGGCUCCCUUUUCUCUCCCGCCUCGUGCUCCAUCCUCUCAGGCUCCUCCAACCAGCGGGAGACGGGGGGCCUCCUGUCACCCAGCACACCGUUUGGUGCCUCGAACCUCCUGGUGAACCCCCUAGAGCCCCAAAAUGCAGACAAGAUCAAGAUCAAGAUCGCAGACCUGGGCAACGCCUGCUGGGUGCACAAGCACUUUACCGAGGACAUCCAGACACGCCAGUACCGGGCCGUGGAAGUACUCAUCGGGGCCGAGUAUGGGCCCCCCGCCGACAUCUGGAGCACAGCAUGCAUGGCCUUCGAGCUGGCCACCGGAGACUACCUAUUCGAACCUCACUCCGGAGAAGACUACAGUCGUGACGAGGACCACAUCGCCCACAUCGUGGAGCUUUUGGGAGACAUCCCCCCAGCCUUUGCCCUCUCGGGCCGCUAUUCCCGGGAGUUCUUCAACCGGAGAGGAGAGCUGCGGCACAUCCACAACCUCAAGCACUGGGGCCUGUACGAGGUGCUCAUGGAGAAGUACGAGUGGCCCCUGGAGCAGGCCACGCAGUUCAGCGCCUUCCUGCUGCCCAUGAUGGAGUAUAUCCCCGAGAAGCGGGCCAGCGCGGCCGACUGCCUCCGGCACCCCUGGCUCAACCCUUAGGCCCCACGGGCACUUUGUGCAGCUUGAGGCGUGCCUGUCCCCCGCCCUCCCCCCCCGCCCCCCGCCCGCCCCCAGUGCCUUCAGGGAAAGCUGGACGGCUCCUGUCCCCGUGAGCCACCCUUCAGGGUGAGCUGCCUUCCCCCACCCUGCUGUGCGCGAGCUCUCUCGGUGGGGCAGAGAGGCUGGAGCCAGGCCCGCCAUUCAGCAUUUGUUCUGUCCCCAGCCCUCACUGAGGGCCUCGGAUGGGAAGUGUGCGCAUU